AUGUCGAGCGCGGUUUCGAUGCGCGCGAGAGCGUCGCGAGCGAUCACGGGGAAGGUUUUGGCUCGAUCUAGAAACGUCAAGGGCGGGGUCUCGCGACGCGCGCGCGAUGCCUCGGUCAAGGCUGAGGUGAAAGAGAUAUUCAUGCCCGCUCUGUCGUCGACGAUGACGGAGGGGAAGAUCGUGAGCUGGCUCGUCGGUGAGGGCGACUCGAUCGGAAAGGGGGACGCGGUGGUCGUCGUGGAAUCCGACAAGGCGGACAUGGACGUGGAGUCCUUCGUGGACGGGAUCAUCGCGCACAUCUCGGUCGAGGACGGUGAAGUCGCGACGGUUGGGGCGCCGAUCGCGUACGUCGUGGACAGUGAGAGCGAGAUCGAGGCUGCGAAGGCGAAGGCGAGCGGGGGAGCGGCGGCUCCGGCUCCGGCGGCCGCCGCGCCGGCUCCGGCGGCGGCGCCCGCGUCUGCGCCCGCGCCGGCGGCGGCGGCGGCCGCACCAGCGGCUCCGGCGCCGGCGGCGCCGGCGGCGCCGGCCGGUCGCAUCGUCAAGCACAAGGUUGACCUCAAGAACGUCCGAGGCUCCGGCUUGAACCGACGUAUCACCGCGUCUGACAUCGAGGCUGCCGCGGGCUUGCCGCCGACGCCGGCGGCUAACGCCGCGCCGGCGGCGGCCGCCGCUCCGGCGCCGACGAAGCCGCAAGCCGUCGCGCCGCCGGCGCCGACGGGAACCAUCGUGCCGCUGUCCGGCAUGCAAGCCGCCGUGGCGAAGAACAUGCUUCCAUCUCUCUCCGUGCCAGUGUCGCGCAUCGCGAUGAGCAUCUGCACCGAUGAGUUCGACAAGCUGUACGCUUCCCUCAAACCGAAGGGCGUUACCAUGACCGCGCUCCUCACCAAGGCAAUCGGCGUCGCGCUCGCGCAGCACCCGAUCAUGUACUCCACCUACCACGACGGUAAGGGCAUCGAGUACAACGAUAAGGUGAACAUCGCGUGCGCCGUCGCUCUCGAAGACGGUUUGAUCACGCCGGUUCUUAGAGAUUGCGCGAACACGGAUGUCUACCAAAUCGGCCGCGACUGGAGCGGUCUCGUGAAGAAGGCGCGCGGCUCUGGUUUGUCCCCGGCCGACUACGCCGGCGGUAACUUCACCGUCUCCAACCUCGGCAUGUUCGGCGUCGACCAAUUCGACGCGAUCUUGCCGCCGAACCAAAGCUGUAUUUUGGCCGUUGGGUCGUCCAAAAAGACUGUCGUUCCGGUCGGUGGAAUGAUUGGCGUCAAGAGCUUCAUGACUGUGAACAUCGUUGCCGAUCACCGCCACAUCAACGGCAACGUCGCGGCGGACUUUGGCAAGACGCUGCGAGAUGUCAUUGAGAACCCUGCGAGCUUGACGAUGUAA